AUGGCUGAGUGGAAUCUGCGAGGGGAGCGGGCACUCCCAUUUUCUCCAAUACCUUUUAAUCUACUGAUUCUUUAUCGGAAUCGAUUUCAUCCUUUUUUCUCCAACCACUCUUCCUCUUCUGUUCUCUCUGCUGCUUUCCCUCUUGCAGUGGCUUGCUCCAACUCGCCAUUCACAGUCAGUGCUACAUUCGUGCUCUCGUUUUUCCUGGCCAAAAGUAAAGCCAUGUUUCGGACGUCUCGCCUCGCCGUUCCACGGCUCGCAACGAAGACGAGCGCGCUGCUUUCACGACAAGGCAAAGGGGAGAAGGCUGCCGUGCCACCAAAUCUCGCGGCUAGCACUGAAAACAGUGCGGAUAAUGUCGUAAUGGAGAGGUCUACCACUUCGCAGCAGCCGCUUAUUAUCGACAACACAAGGGAAACUAGAACGCAUAUUCUUCCACAAAAGAUCUUGAAGGAGCUUCUGAACUCUGUGUCUGCCGGACAGCAGAACUUUCUCUUUGGGUCUGACAGGGACGCUGCCGAUCCCACCGCUGGCAUACUUCGUGCGACUGGCAGCUUCUUUGAAGCUGUCAAUACGGCUUAUGAAGGGCGUAUGCUUCAAGAGCAGCAGGUUGAAGUGGAAAAUUUUGUUCUCAAGCGUCGUACGCAUUACACCCAGCGUCUCAACGAGGAAACAGAGGAGUUUCGGCGCGAGCAAAAAGAAAUUCAUGACGAGAUACAGCGCUUGGAGGCAGAGAAGUACAAGAGCGACCUUAACAACGAUGUGAUCCAGUUCACAAAAGCUAGGGAAACCGAAUAUGAAGUCCGCUUACACGCGGAUGUGGAGAAGUAUCACAACGCACUUCUGGCAUACCGUGCGCGCGCGAAGAAAAAUGAUUCAGUAGGUGCUGAUGGUGAGGCCACAGCGAAGCAGAUAAGCAUGAAUGUGAUUGAGAUCAUGCAGGAAAUGGAGAUCGAUGACACUCUGCGUGACUUUGGCAAUGCUGCUGGUAUUGGGAACGACCUCUCCGAUCAGGAUAUUCGUAGCUACGUAGUGCAGCGAACCUGCUUCUACGAAAAGGUUGUGCGAGAUGAGGUGCAUGACUUUACAAAGAGGCGCAAGAGCUUUUAUGAGGAUUUGCUAGAGGCCCGAGCGGUUCGUCACUCGGCGAAGAUUCGAGCAGACACGGAAAGGUUUCACAGUCAGCGGCAAGGCUACUACGAGGAACGGUUAACUGCUGACGGCUCGUGGAUGGCCAAGUGCUUUCAGGAGCACUACAAUCGCUGCUUUCUGCAGUCGUAUGCGCGCCGAGCCUGGAUCGAACACCGUCGUUACCAGGCCACGUUGGAGGGCAUUAAGCUUUUCACGGAAGAGAGCGAGAAGGUACCAGUAAUAUCGGACCCGGCAGAUAUAAGUAUCUCCACUCUAAACGCUGAAAUUCCACUCUCCACAAUCCUUGACAUGUAUGAAAGCGAGAAUAUGGCAGAGAUUACGCGAGAUGUUUUCCUCAAAGCUGCACGCCGUGUUGCGGCUGACUAUACCCCCUACAGUAUCGACGAACACCAUUCGCAGUAA